GCGGAUUGGUCGCUGGCUGUGCUGUCGGUGGGCGUGAAGGUGAAAGGCGUGCAGUUCGAUCGGCGCAUGGUCAUUUUCUUCGGCGGUUUCGAGGUUUCCAGAUCAAUCACUGCAGAGCCACUGGGAACGGAGAUUCACUACUCGUUUGAGCGAGACGUCACCAACUAUGCACCCAUGCUUAAAACCGCGUCCACUGUCUACGUGAUUCUAGAGAAUGUCGUCGACGGUGAAUACACAGGAAUUUUCAACGUCACCAUUUCCCUCACAACCUACAAAGGAACACCCCCCACCACCCCCCCUUCCCUCCUCCUCCCCUUCUCCACCACCUCCUCUUCCUCCUCCUCUUCCUCCCCUUACAUCCUCUCCGGAGCCUCCGCCACUACUCGUAGUGCUAUACAAACACUCUCCGGCCUUCCAACGAAUGUGAUUAAAGCGAAGGUGGAGCUUACCAUAUCAAUGCACGCGGACGACGAGUUUUAUUACCUUUAUUUCCCAAAUAAGUUCUAUAACAGCCUCCCUAGUUCCUUAAAGCCUAAAUUCAAACCCGAAGGCGGUCCGUUUCGCGAGCUGAAUCUUUUCAUCGACGAUCGAUUUGCCGGGGCAAUUUACCCUUUCGCUCCGCUUUACACCGGCGCGUUCAACCCGCUGCUGUGGUCGCCUGCAGUGGGAAUAGGCAACUUCGGCUUCCCAACAGUUACUCUCGACGUCACCCCAUUCGCAGGGGUUUUAUCCGACGGGCAGCCACACGAAAUUAGGGUUUCGGUGGUGAAUGCAAAGCCUGGAGCUGCAUGGUACCUGACCGGAAUCGUGCACAUUUGGGCAGAUCCCUUAGUGACAUCUUCUGCUGGGCCGCCACCCACCAUCAAGGUGGCUCCCAGCAAGAGGAAGGAGAAGGUGAAGCUGUUUGAAAACCCGAUGGUGAAAGCGCUGCGGCUGAUGGGAGUGCGGCUGAGCAUCGACGGCAAGUACAGCACGGUUGCUGCCCGUGACUACUCCAUCUCAGGCACGGUAACCACAGCAGACGGCCCGGUUACCACUCUGGUCACAUCCUCCCUGUCAGUGGAUGCAGCAGCAAUGGUGCAGCAGGGGGGAGCGGCUCUUACCUGGUGGAAUAGCGUGGGCGUUAGGACGACUGUGACCGCCACACAUGCAACGACCAAGGCUGUGCUGUCCACCCACACUGACACCUUCUCCUUCCCGCUCCGCAUCAAGCAGACUUCUCUUGACUCAUAUGGAUCCGGCAAGCAGUAG